CCAUAAAUCAACGGCUCUUCUGUAGCGUUACUGUGUUUGAUGCGACAAAACGCCUGAGAGUCGUCAGAUCUGGUGGAUGGCCGAUGAAAAUACAUUUCAACGGCUGAGAUAAUUUCGUUGACUUGAAAAUCGGAAAAGUGGAGAGGAGAUUUAGCGCUUAAUAAACAUGGAGAGUCCCUUCGCUCAAGCUCUCCUUCUCUCUAUCCUUUAAAGCGGCCACUGGAGGUCCCGAAGAACCAUUUAAAGGCUACUAUACUUGCGGAUUUGGGGGGUUUGUUUGAUUUAUUGUUGGCGAAUGAUGAUUUGAUUCUUCUGCUUGUUAUCAUCGAUCGAUUUGUAGAUCUCUAGAGUCGUGUGAGAAAGACACUUUUGGGAGACAAAAGGGUUAUUGAAGGUGUUAGUAGACAAAGAACAUGGAAACAGGAGAAGAUGAUCUGUGCAAGAACAACUGGGGAAGUGCUUCCAUCUUGGAUUACGAGAUGGCUAGGGAGGAUGAGGAGGAGGAGCCUAAUUUGCAUGUUUUCAAAGCUUCUUCUUCGUGCCAAGACAACAACAACAACGGUGGUCAAGCUAGUGUUGAUUUCCUGCAAGGCGUCAAGGCUCAAGCGUGGGAUCCGAGGACCAUGCUGUGCAACCUGUCUUUUAUGGAACAUAAGAUUCACGAACUGCAGGGUCUUGUUCAUCUCAUCCUUGGCCGAAACGGGCAGCUUCAAGACGAGCAGCGGCAACUCGUAACCGCUGAUCUUACUUCCAUAAUCAUACAGCUGAUUUCAACUGCAGGUAGUCUUCUUCCAUCUGUUAAGCAUCAUAAUAUGUCUACUACAGCCCCAGGUUCAGCCUUGUUCCCUUUUCCAAGGGAGGCUAAUAACCUUGCUUCACAGACCCUUAACAACAACGGUGGCGCCUCCCAAGAGCUCGUUUUGCCGAAGCCCAUUGUUGGUGAAAGCCAUGAAAUGAAGAACGAAGAUGAUGCCGAGGAAGGAGAGAACCUUCCUCCCGGUUCCUACGAGAUUAAGCAGCUUGAGAAAGAGGAGAUCCUCGCACCCCAUACCAACUUCUGCACUAUAUGUGGCAAGGGUUUCAAGAGAGACGCCAACCUGAGGAUGCACAUGAGAGGUCACGGUGACGAGUACAAAACUCCCGCCGCUCUGGCCAAGCCGACCAAAGAAACCGUACCCGGGUCUGAGCAGAUGCUGGUCAAAAGGUACUCUUGCCCAUUCCCGGGCUGCAAACGUAACAAGGAUCACAAAAAGUUCCAGCCUCUGAAGACCAUACUGUGCGUGAAGAACCAUUAUAAACGAACCCACUGCGACAAAAGCUUCACUUGCAGCCGCUGCCAUACCAAGAAAUUCUCUGUCAUUGCCGAUCUCAAAACCCACGAGAAGCACUGCGGGAAAAACAAGUGGCUCUGUUCCUGUGGUACCACAUUCUCACGGAAAGACAAGCUGUUCGGUCACAUUGCUCUGUUCCAGGGACACACUCCUGCGAUCCCACUUGAAGAGACAAAACCUUCAGCUGCUGCAUCUUCUCAGAGAGGGAGCUCUGGUUGCGGGAACAAUAACAACAACGCAGGAAUGGUUAGUUUCAAUCUUGGUUCUGCAACAAAUGCUAAUCAAGAAACCUCACAGCCUUGUUUCAUGGAUGGGAAGAUAAGCUUCGAGGAGUCUUUCUCGCCGCUGAGCUUUGAUACAUGCAACUUUGGAGGGUUCCCACGAUCUAUAUUUGAUGAUUCAUUUCAAAUGCUUAUUUCAAGUGCAUGUGGUUGCUCGCCCAUCAAUGGUGGUGAUGGCUCUGUUUCGGAUACUAGUGUUUAAGGCACUUGCCAUAUAUGAUUAAGCUAUUUUAUAAGAUGUUCUAGUUUUUUUUUUUUUGCCCUAGGCAGCUCCUUUGUGUCGUUACUUUUGUUAUUUCCUAGAAUAAUAUCAUGAAGCAAAAGUGUACUUGCUUUUCUUAAAAUCUGUUUGCUAAUGUAAGAAAGUUGGAUUC